AUCACGAAAUGCCCCACUGUCCCGAGACGUCGACGGGAAUGGCAUGUCUCGGGCUGAAUUGACUUUGGAGUUCCACCCCGAUUAGUCGAUCAUUACUCGAUACAAUCCAACCCACUUGGUGUUGUAGACACAAUGGCUCUCAAGGACUCCUACCUCCUCCCCGCCGCGGCGGACAUGCACGUCCACUUGCGCAACGCCCCCGGCCCCAUUGCCGAGCUGGUCACCCCGACCAUCCGCAAGGCCGGCAUCGACACCGUCUUCGUCAUGCCCAACCUGGCGCCUCGCCCCGUCGUCACCGUCGAUGAGGCUCUCGAGUACAAGAAGGCCCUCCAGGCUUACGACCCCGAGGUCAACUACCUCAUGUCUCUCUACCUUCACGAGAGCAUCACCCCCGAUGAGAUCCGCAAGGCCAAGAAGGCCGGUAUUGCCGGUGUCAAGGCCUACCCCCGCGGCGCCACCACCAACUCCCAAUGGGGCGUCGUCUCCUUCGACCCCUUCCACGACGUCCUCUCCACCAUGGAAUCCGAAGGUCUCGUCCUCAACCUGCACGGCGAGAUGCCUUCUUCCCCCACCGACAACGUGACCGUCAUGAACGCCGAGUCCAAGUUCCUGCCCACCCUCACCUCCCUGCACAGCAAAUACCCCAACCUCAAGAUCGUGCUCGAGCACUGCACCACCGCCGACGCCGUCGCUGCCGUGCGCGCCUGCGGGCCCAACGUGGUCGCCACCAUCACGGCCCACCACCUCUCGCUGCUCGUGGACGACUGGUCCGCCAACGUGCACCACUACUGCAAGCCGAGCGCCAAGUCGCCCGAGGACCGCCGCGCGCUGCUGCAGGCCUUGGUCACGAGCGAGGGCAAGUUCUUUUUGGGCACCGACUCGGCGCCCCAUGAUAUCUCGAGCAAGAAGGGCAAGGGCAACACGGCGGCGGGCGUGUUCACGCAGCCGUAUGCCUUGGGCUAUGUGUUGACUGCGCUGGAGGAGGGCAUUGCGAGGGGAGAUAUCAAGGAGGAGCAGGUGACGGAGGAGGUGCUGGCGGGCUUCCUUAGUGAGUUUGGUCGCAAGUUUUACGAGCUUGGGCCGGCGGAGAAGAAGAUUUUGGUCAAGAGGGAUGGGGCCGUGGUGGAGGAGAGUCUCAAGACGGACAAGGUGGAGAUUGUGCCGUUCAGGAGCGGCGAGAAGACGUGGAGUGUUGAGUGGCAGUGAGUGGGAGUUAAACAGGUCGUAAUUUGAGGAAA